UUUGACACAUGAAACUUUUUCGUCUUUUUUUCUCCUUUUGUAUUCCUUUCUUGUCUUAUUUCUAAAGAAAGACUUUUAAGAAAUGUCGAGAUUGGAGCCUUAUUCAGAUGCAGAAGACUCACCGACUGACAAUACAGAAACUUCUGGAAACUUUCAUGUUGUACCUACUUUGGCGGAUGACGAUGACGAUGACGACGACGACCUGAAUGGCCGUCAACAGAUGCAACAACAGAACCUUCCGCUCGAGCAUCAGUAUACUGAAGUAGAAGAUUUACCUCUGACUCGUAUUGAUGAUACUGUCGAAGAGCCUACCUUCACUAAAACUUUCAUUGAACCACUUAUCAACCUCAUCCUAUCCAUCUUGAAAAUGAUGCUGUUACCUUUCGCCAAAUUCUUCUUUGCUCCAACGGCACAACGCACCUUUAUUAAGACGACAGCAUUUGUCAUAGCAUUAGCAUGGAUUCUUGUCACAAGUAUCAUUGCGUAUGUUUUAUUUUACAAUCGAUAUGUGCCUCCAAUCACCCACAUUCAGCAAGUAUAUUUCGAUCAUGGGCCAUCUACACCUACGUUGGAUGCUUUGGUAGACAUGAAUCGUCAUAAAAACAAAGCGAUACCUUUACGACAUGAACAGUCUUAUGAUCUUUUAUUACGACUUCAUGUUCCAACAUCCGAUAUCAAUUUCGAAGUAGGCAAUUUCAUGGUAAACAUCAAAUUAUAUACAGAGAAUGGUACUUUGAUCAUGGAUCAAGCUCGACCAAGCAUUUUAAGAUAUCAAUCAAAUACGCAAAGGGUGAUGAGAGUAUUUGCCAAAGCUCUCCCUUUGGUUUUGGGAUUCACAGAAGAAAGUCAGCAUCUGGAUAUCACAUUAAUUGAGGAUUUCACUGAAAUUAAAAGUCGCGCUGUAAAGAAAGUAGCUCUAUCCAUAUCAGAUGCUCGAUUACAGAUUUAUGAUUCGAAACUUAUGGUUCUAGCCAACUUUAAGGGAUUACGGUUAGUCAUCGAAAAAGUAACGAAGAGGUGAAUUCACUCAAAUGGACUGAUAAGAAGCUUUUUUUGUUUUCAAUCAAUAGAUAUUACAUGUACUUUUAUAGUAUCUCUACAGCCUUUGUGCUUAUCUUUGCAUUUGCCAGCAUUGAAUUUUUGUUUGCAACCAUUGCAUGGAAGGGUUUUGGAGAAAAUUUAUGGUACUUGUUUUCACGUUUUAUUCCAGAACAGCCAUUACAACAGCAGCAAGGUCUAUUUGAGGAUGAAAAAAUUGUGGAUGAGGACGGUGAAAAUGAGCAGGAAAGACUUAGUGAUAGAUCUUACGUUGGCUAA